CCCUCCAGGACGGUGACUCCUGCGUCCUCUCUCCAGGGCCAAACGGUCCUCCAGGGCCAAAUGCAGUGACUUUUGUCUAAGAAAUGCAACCGAAAGGGACUCGGGCCUUUUCUGUCCAGGGCAUGUGGCCAGUCUCAGGCCUCUGUCCCUGGUCUCCCCAGUCUGCUGGGACCCUUCUCUCUCCUCUGGAUGUUUGUUGCCCUCAGCUAGGCCUACCAGGAUGUCCCAGUGCUGCAAACCCAGCAUGACUGCAUCCCUCCUGCGCCCAGACUGUCAUGGUUCCAGGGAAUGACUCCAGAUCGGUAGAAAGACCUUGAGCUGGGCCAGUGAAAUGAGUACCUGGAGUACCUGGAAAUGGGGGACCCACUCCCUUCUUGAAGACCCUGGAAGCCACUGCAGGAGAAGGCAGCUACCAAGAUGACCUUCCUGGCACUCAGUGUGAAGAAAAGGCCAAUAAACUGGCACUGCUGUCGGCCACUCCAUCUGACUUUAGAAAAGCCACAGGGACCACUUCCGGGGAACGGAGUGAGGAGAGGCAGGCAGGAAAACCCAAGCAAAGUGGGUUCCCAGCGGCUCAGCCAGACCCUGGGCUCAGCAGCACCUGAAGCCUAAUGCUGUGGGUCCUCGAGGGAGGGGUCCAGGGGGAGUCCCCACCGCUCUGGAGCUGAGACUCUCCUGAGGAUCCCAGCCAUGUGCAUCCUACUACCUCUGACCCUGGAGCCACAGACAGUCCUGUAGGGUGAAUGUCCCUUGCUUCCCCACCAUGUCGGAGAACACGGAGCAGACCUGGAUGCCCUGGUGGGAGGGGCCUCCCAGAAACUGCCUUCCCUCCUGGUCCGGCAGCCCCACCUCGCCAGAGCCCAGCCAAGCUACCAGCAAGGACGCUCCCCGCUGCCCGCUGCCCGCUGCCCGCUGCCCGCCGAGCCCAGCCUGAGCCGGCACCUGCCUUUACGACCAUGUUCAAGGGGCUGAACAAAGGCACCCAGGGAAAGGGGUCCCCCAAGGGCUCCCCAUCCAAGGGCUCCCCCAAAGGCUCCCCCAGCAAGCACAGCCGAGCUGCCACCCAGGAGCUGGCGCUGCUCAUCUCCCGCAUGCAGGCCAACGCUGACCAGGUGGAGAGGGACAUCCUGGAGACCCAGAAGAGGCUGCAGCAGGACCGGCAGCACAGCGAGCAGAACCAGGCCCUGCAGUACCGGCAGGAGACCGGCCGCAGCCUGAAGGAGGCCGAGGUGCUGCUGAAGGACCUCUUCCUGGACAUUGACAAGGCCCGGCGGCUCAAGCACCCGCAGGCCGAGGAGAUCGAGAGGGACAUCAAACAGCUGCAUGAGCGGGUGACCCAGGAAUGUGCCGAGUACCGCGCCCUGUACGAGAAGAUGGUGCUGCCGCCCAACGUGGGGCCCAGGGUCGACUGGGCACGGGUGCUGGAGCAAAAACAGAAGCAGGUCCGAGAGGGCCAGUACGGGCCGGGCAUGACGGAGCUGGAGCAGCAGGUCGCCGAGCACAACAUCCUGCAGAAGGAGAUCGACGCCUACGGGCAGGAGCUGCGGAACCUCGUGGGGCCGGACUCAGCCACCAUCCGGAACCAAUACCGAGACCUACUGAAGGCGGCCUCGUGGCGCGGGCAGAGCCUGGGCAGCCUGUACACACACCUGCAGGGCUGCACGCGCCAGCUGAGUGCCCUGGCCCAGCAGCAGCACCGCAUCCUGCAGCAGGACUGGAGCGACUUCAUGGCAGACCCCAUGGGCGUGCGGCGGGAGUAUGAGCACUUCAAGCAGCAUGAGCUGCUGAGCCAGGAGCAGUGUGUGAACCAGCUAGAGGACGAUGGGGAACGCAUGCUGGAGCUCGGGCAUCCGGCCGUGAAACCCAUCCAGGUCCACCAGGAGGCCCUAAAGAUGGAGUGGCAGAACUUCCUGAACCUGUGUAUCUGCCAGGAGAAACAGCUGCAGCAUGUUGAGGAUUACCGCCGGUUCCAGGAAGAGGCCGACUCUGUCAGCCAGACCCUGGCAAAACUCAACUCCAGCCUGGACACCCAGUAUGGCCUUGCCCCCGGGGGGCCCUCUGGCACCCCCACAGAGCUGCUGCAACAGCUGGAGGCCGAGGAGAAGAAGCUGGCCAUGGCCGAGAAGACUGUUGGGGACCUGCAACGGCGGAGCCAGGAGGUGGCCCCUCUGCCACAGCGCAGGAACCCACCCCAGCAGCCUCUGCGUGUGGAUAGCAUCUGUGACUGGGAUUCCGGAGAAGUGCAGCUACUGCAGGGUGAGCAGUACACGCUGAUGGACAACACUGACCCACAUACCUGGGUCGUGCAGGGCCCGGGCGGGGAGACCAAGCGUGUCCCGGCCGCCUGCUUCUGCAUCCCAGCUCCGGACCCUGAAGCCGUGGCCAGGGCCUCCACGCUGGCUGCGGAGCUGCAGGCCCUGAAGCAGAAACUGAGCACAGUUCAGAGCCGCCUGAAGGCCAGUGCUGCAGAGCCCUUGCGGCCUAGCCAGCAGGCUUCGAGUGACUUAGCCACAGCCGACCCACGGGCCCAGAAGCUCCUGACACAGAUGACCCGGCUGGAUGGGGACCUGGGGGAGAUAGAGAAGCAAACACUGGCCUUGGCCCGGGCCCCGCUGAGCCGUACCACACCCCUGGGGGACCUGGAGGGCCGCAUCCAAAGCCACAAGGGCAUAGCCCAGCAACUGCAGAGCCUGGGAGCAGAGAAGGAGGCAGCCCAGCAGGAGUGUGAGGCGUUCCUGUCAGAACGGCCCGUGGGCCCUGCCGCCCUGCACCUGCCCGUGACCUUCCACAACGUCAAGAACAAGUACAACGACGUGCAGACUCGCUGCAGCCUCUACGGGGAGAAAGCCAAGGCUGCCCUGGGUCUGGAGCGGCAGAUCCAGGAGGCUGACAGGGUCAUCCGAAGCUUCGAGUCCACACUGGCGCAGGAAGCCCUCAUCCCCGCUGGCCCGGGUGCCCUGCAGGAGAGGGUCAGCGAGCUACAGCGCCAGCGGAGGAAGCUGCUGGAGCAACAGGCCUGCGUGCUGGGGCUGCACCGCGAGCUGAAGGCCGUCGAGCACGCAUGCUCUGCACUACAGAACAAUUGCCAUGAGUUCUGCCAAGACCUGCCGCGUCAGCAGCGCCAGGUGCGGGCUCUCACUGACCGCUACCACGCCGUGGGGGACCAACUGGACCUGCGGGAGAAGACCAUGCAGGACGCCAGCCUCACCUACCAGCAGUUCAAGAACUGCAGGGACAACCUGAGCUCCUGGUUGGAGCACCUGCCCCACAGCCAGGUGCGGCCCAGUGAUGGGCCCAGCCAGAUCGCCUAUAAGCUGCAGGCACAGAAGAGGCUGCUGCAGGAGAUCCAGGGCCGGGAACAGGACCGGGCCACAGCAUCCCGCCUCUCCCAGGACCUGCAGGCGGCUCUCCAGGACUACGAGCUGCAGGCAGACACCUACCGCUGCUCCCUGGAGCCCACCCAGGCAGGGUCGGCCCCCAAGAGACCCCGAGUGGCUCCCCUGCAGGAGAGCAUCCAGGCCCAGGAGAAGCAGCUGACCAAAGCCUAUACUGAGGUUGCAGCUGCACACCAACAGCAGCUGCGGCAGCUGGAGUUUGCCAGAAAGAUGCUGGAGAAGAAGGAGCUCAGUGAGGAUAUCCAGAUGACUCGUGAUGCACAGCAGGGGUCUGAGAGCCCAGCCCAAGGAGGGAGGGUGUCAGAGGCCCUGAAGUCCCAGCUGGAGGAGGAGAGGAAGCGGGUGGCACAGGUGCAGCGCGAGCUGGAGGAACAGAGGAACCAGCUGCUGCAGCUGAGGACCCAGCGGCCUGUGGAGAGGCUGGAGGAGAAGGAAGUGGUGGAGUUUUACCGGGACCCCCAGCUGGAGAGCAAUCUGUCCAGGGUGAAGGCCCAGGUGGAGGAUGAGGGCAAGAAGCGGGCCGGCCUACAGGCAGACCUGGAGGUAGCAGCCCAGAAGGUCGUCCAGCUGGAGAGCAAGAGGAAGGCCAUGCAGCCUCACCUGCUGACCAAGGAGGUGACCCAGAUCGAGAAGGACCCCAGUCUGGACAGCCAGGUGGCUCAGCUCAGCAGUGAGAUCCAGCUCCUUAGCAGGGAGAACUCUGCCGUCUCCGCCCGGCUGGAGGAUCUGAAGAAGGAGCUGCUGGCUCUGGAGCAGAAGGAGGUGAACGUGAAGGAGAAGGUUAUGGUGAAGGAAGUGGUCAAGGUGGAGAGGGACCUGGAAAUGGUCAAGGCAGCUGAGGCUCUGAGGCUACAGGUGGUAGAGGACACUGUGCAGAGGAAAGCGGCAGAGGAGGCCGUGGCCAAGUUGCAGGCUCGCAUCCGGGACCUGGAGCAGGCGAUUGUUGCCGUGCAGCCCAAGGUGAUCGUGAAGGAGGUGAAGAAGGUGGAGCAAGACCCAGGCCUCCUCCAUGAAGUGUCCCAGCUGCGGAGCCUCCUCGAGGGGGAAAAGAGUAAGAACGUGACGCUGGCCGGGGAGCUGAAGGAGCUGCGUGAGCAGUACAACGUGGUGGAAAAGCAGAAGCCCAGAGUGGAGCUCCAAGAGCGCGUCCAUGAAACCUUCCAGGUGGACCCGGACACAGAGCGGGAGAUCGCACGGCUCAGGACUGAGCUGCAGGAGGCGGCCAGUAGGAGGCGUGACGCAGAGAAGGCAGUGGAGAGGCUGCUGCCCGACCUGACAGCCCUGCGGGCCCAGAAGCACCAGGUGGAGUACAAGGAGGUGACACAGGAAGUGGUGAAGCACGAGAGGAGCCCGGAGGUGCUGCGGGAAAUCGACCGCCUAAAGGCUCAACUCAACGAACUGGUCAACACCAGCGGGCGGGCCCAGGAGCAGCGCAUCCGGCUGCAAGGGGAGCGUGACGAGUGGAGGCGGGAGCGCUCCAAGGUGGAGACCAAGACAGUGAACAAGGAGGUGGUGCGCCACGAGAAGGACCCGGUCCUGGAGAAGGAGGCUGAGCGGCUCCGCCAGGAGGUGCGGGAAACGGCCCAGAAGCGGCGUGCCGCCGAGGAUGUGGUCUAUGAGCUGCAGAACAAAUACCUGCUGCUGGAGAGGAGGCGGCCUGAGGAGAAGGUGCUGGUGCAGGAGGUGGUGGUCACCCAGAAGGACCCGAAGCUGCAUGAGGACCACAGCCGGCUGAGCCGGAGCCUGGAUGAGGAGGUGGCCCGGCGGCGGCAGCUGGAGCGUGAGGUGCAGCAGCUGUUGGCAGGCGUGGAGGAAAAGGAGGGCCUGCUCAGCUUCCAGGAGGACCGCGACAGGAAGUUGGCCGUGGAGAAAGAGCUGCGGCAGCUGACCCUGCGGAUCCAGGAGCUUGAGCAGCGGCCGCCUGCAGUGCAGGAGAAGAUCAUCAUGGAGGAGGUGGUCAAGCUGGAGAAGGACCCGGACCUGGAGAAGUCCACAGAAGCCCUGCGGCAGGAGCUGGACCAGGAGAAGGCCCAGGUGAAGGAGCUCCAUCGCGAGUGCAAGAACCUGCAGGUACAGCUCGACGUCCAGAAAGCCAAAUCGCAGGAGAAAACCAUCUACAAAGAGGUGAUCAGGGUGGAGAAAGACCCGGUGCUGGAGGGUGAGCGGUCCCGGGUGUGGGAGAUGCUCACCAGGGAGCGCGCCGCCCGGAAGGGCCGGGAGGAGGUGGUGCAGGGCCUCCGGGAGCGGAUCGACAGGGCAGAGGCGCUGAGCAGGACUUGGGCCCGGGAGGAGGCUGAGCUCCAGAAGGUCCAAAAGCAGGCAAGUCAGCAGGGCCGGCAGCUGCAGCAGGAGCUGCGGGAGCUGGAGAGGCAGAAGCAGCAGAAGGCUCUAGAGCUUCAGGAGAAGUCGAAGCUGCUCAGUCAGAAGACGGAGAGUGAGCGGCAGAAGGUGGCCCAGCAGAACCAGGAGCUCUCGGAGCUCAAGGCGGCCAUCCUCCAUGAGAAGGACCAGAUCUACGAGAAGGAGCGGACCCUCCGGGACCUCCACAGCAAGGCUUGCCGGGAGGAGCUUAGCCAGGAGACCCAGACGCGAGAGACCAACCUUUCUACCAAGAUCUCCAUCUUGGAACCCGACACGGGGAAGGACAUGUCCCCCUAUGAGGCCUACAAGAGGGGCGUCAUCGAUCGGGACCAGUACCUGCAGCUGCAGGAGCUGGAGUGUGACUGGGAGGAGGUCACCACGUUGGGCCCCUGUGGGGAAGAGUCGCUGCUCCUGGACCGCAAGAGCGGGAAGCAGUACUCCAUCGAGGCCGCCCUGCGCUGCCGGCGCAUCUCCAAGGAGGAGUACCAUCUCUACAAGGAUGGCCACCUGCCCAUCUCCGAGUUCGCCCUGCUCGUGGCGGGGGAGACCAAGCCCUUUUCCUCGCUCUCCAUCGGCGCCAUCAUCUCCAAGUCCCCAGUCGCCUCCCCAGGUCCCCAGACCUCCAGUUGCUUCUCUCACGGUUUCUCUCUGGGCCUUGGCGAUGACAACUUCCCCAUUGCCGGGGUCUACGACACCACCACAGACAACAAGUGCACCAUCAAGACAGCCGUGGCCAAGAACAUGCUGGACCCCAUCACUGGGCAGAAGCUGCUGGAGGCCCAGGCAGCCACGGGGGGCAUCGUGGAUCUCCUCAGCCGGGAGCGCUACUCCGUGCACAAGGCCAUGGAGCGGGGACUGCUCGACAACACAUCCACCCAGAGGCUGCUCAACGCGCAGAAGGCCUUUACCGGCAUUGAGGACCCCGUCACCAAGAAGAGGCUGUCGGUGGGCGAGGCUGUCCAGAAGGGCUGGAUGCCCCGGGAGAGCGUGCUCUCACACCUGCAGGUGCAACACCUGACCGGGGGGCUCAUCGACCCCAAGAGGACAGGCCGUAUCCCCAUCCCGCAGGCCCUGCUCUCCGGAAUGAUCAGUGAAGAGCUGGCCCAGCUCCUGCAGGAUGAGUCGAGCUAUGAGAAGGAUCUGACAGACCCCAUCUCCAAGGAGCGGCUGAGCUACAAGGAGGCCAUGGGGCGCUGCCGGAAAGACCCCCUGAGCGGCCUGCUGCUGCUGCCAGCUACGCUGGAGGGGUACCGCUGCUACCGUUCGGGCUCCCCCACCGUGCCGCGAGCCCUGCGCUGAUGCCGGCCACGCAUUCCCGGGGAAAUCCUAGGGGGUGGGUCUUCCCUCCAUCUGAUGGCUGUUCCAUUACUCAGUGUUCUGUGUUCCCCUAACUUUGGUGCCCGAUCCCUCCCCAGACCCGGUGAUCAGCAGACCUGUUUUCCUCCCUCCUCCCCCACCCAGUAGUUCCAAUAAACAAAUUCUCCCAGUGUCUUGUUCACAUUUGGGAAUUCAGAAU